CAAUAAGAUGACCCAAGCAAUUAUCUCUUUACUUUCGAAUAAUGCUACAUUAUGUCUGCCGAUAGAGUCAAGCACUUACACAGUAUGUGAUUUAAAGCAGGAGAUAUUCUCCAAAACACACAUUCCUGUAGAUCAACAAAUACUACGAACGAUUGGAGGACUUGAUAUUGAUGAUCAACAGCCACUAGAAUCAGAUAAACAUAUUCUUCAUUUCAACUUGUCAGCUCGUUUAUUAGGUGGUAAAGGAGGCUUUGGAUCUAUGCUCCGUGCACAGGGCGGUCGAAUGAAUGCUCAAAAGACAACUAAUUUCGAAGCAUGCAGAGACUUGCAAGGACGAAGAAUUCGAAGCGUGAAUGAAGCUAAAAGAUUGCAAGAAGAAUUGGAUGCUCUUCCCAAACGAGAAGCUGAAAAAAGAGAAAGAUUGAAGCGAAAGAUAGAAGAAGCAUUGAAAGAAAGAGAACCAAGAAAACAUUUGUUUGAUGAUAAUGAAUUUUUAGAAAGCAAGGAAGAAGUAGUUGAAGGAGUAAAGUCAGCUAUAGGACAAGCACUAAAGAAACAAAAGACUUCACAUAAUGGCAACCAUAAGCCAGUAGCCUCAACAUCUCAAUGUCUGUUUAAUGAUGAUAUCUCUGAUGAGGAUGAGGAUGAGGAUGAGGAAGAAGAGGAAGAGGAAGAAGAAGAGGAAGAGAAGGAGAAACAGGAAGAAGAAGAAGAGGAAAAGAAAGUAGAAAAAGAGGAAAUAAAAGUAGAAGAAAAGAAAGGCGAGAAAAAGGCUAAAGCUAAUAACCGCCAAAAGAAAGGAAAAGGAAAAAGCAAACAAUAGUCAUAAUCAUUUACAUAUGGGUGAUACGAACAUGAUGAGGCGAGAUUACGUAACAUAGUAACAAAUGAUCCAUAAUCAAUAAAAUACUUAUACCAUAUGUAAUUGUUUACAAAGGCUUGAUAGCCUAGCUGAG